CAUACCUGGCCUCCUGUGUGCUCUGUCAGGCCAGGCCAGGCAGGAGGCAACUGGACCUGCGUGGAGUGCUUUCUGAGCCUGGGAGAUCUGUUCCUUGUACUUUCUUGAGGGGAAAAAAGGAAGAAAAUGCAGCUGUUGCCAAGCUUGGUGUUUCCUGAGGGGAAGCCUGUCAUUCUCUGCUCAGCUGUGGAGGGUGUGGCCUGGACCUCUGUCACCCUGAGGAGGACUCUUCAGAACUUUGAUUUGAGACACACCCUGUUUGAGUUGCACAUCCAUCCUCUUUUCUGUGUUAAAUCUUGGUUGCCCACUUGCCCCUUCCCCUCACCUUCAACACAGUGCCUCCCAGACAGGGGGCACCCCCCCUGCCCCCACUGACCGCUUUCAGCCUCCUCAGAGGCUCAGGCCAAUCGUAGUGGGGUUGAUGGUCCUGCAGACUCAGGCCAGGUGAUUGGCCUCUGUAUCUGCUACCAGGCUGGUCCAUGAUCCACUGCUUGACAGGCUGUGGACUCUGGGUGCUCUCCUGGAGCAUGACAGGGUGAGGAGCAUCCCUAGCAGUAUGAUCCAGAGCUUCUAGUAAGCAGUAUCCCCACAGCCUUUACAGAUAUGCCCAUACUCCUGCUCCUCUCCUGGGCUAGAUGGAGAUCAUAGGUUCCAGCCAGGGCUGAGGGCUCGGUGAUGUCUGAAGCCCUGGGGUUCAUUUCUGUGUAUCCCGUAGGUGUGGCUCAGCUUUGCACCUGUAGCAGACAUUAUCGCCCAGCACUUCUUCCUGUCCAUGGACCAAGUCAACUGGCUGUCACUGGUCUACCUCGUGGUGGCUGUCCCUUUUGGCAUGUCAGCCAUCUGGGUCCUGGACUCCGUUGGACUCCGUGGAGCGCAAAUCCCCUGGGCAUCCUUGUGGCUAAUGUGCUGUCACCUGCCCUGGUCAAGAAGGCAGAGGAUAUUCCUAUGAUGCUUGGCAUCUACAUUGCCCCUGCUGCCCUUGCCUGCCUUCUGGCUACUGCCUGCAUCUGGGAGAGUGUGCCCCCUUCCCCACCCUCUGUAGGAGCCGCCAGUUCUACCUCAGAGAACUUCCUCCGUGGGCUCAAACUGCUCAUGCAGAACAAGGCCUAUGUCAUCCUGGCUAUAUGCUUUGGCGGAGGCAUCGGUGUCUUCUCCAGCUUCUCAGCUCUUCUGGAGCAGAUCCUUUGUGCUAACGGCUACUCCAAUGAGUUCUCAGGCCUCUGUGGGGCUCUCUUCAUCGUGUUUGGGAUCCUGGGGGCACUGAUUCUGGGCCUAUAUGUGGAUCGGACCAAGCACUUCACCGAGGCCACCAAGAUAGGCCUCUGUCUGACCUCCAUGACCUUUGUGGCCUUUGCCCUGGUGUCUCAACUGCAGGGACAGACCCUUGCACUGGCUGCCAUCUGCUCUCUGCUUGGGCUGUUUGGCUUCUCAGUGGCACCUGUGGCCCUGGAGCUGGCAGUUGAGUGCUCAUUUCCUGUUGGCGAGGGUGCCUCUGCGGGCUUGGUCUUUGCCCUGGGGCAGGCCGAGGGUGUGCUCAUCAUGCUCUUAUUGACGGCACUGACUGUGCAGCGCACGGGGCCAUCCUUUUCCACCUGCCGACAGGGUGAGGACCCUCUGGACUGGACAGUGUCCCUGCUGCUGCUGGCUGGCUUAUGUACGCUCUUCACGUGUGUCAUGGUGCUCUUCUUCCACACUCCAUACCGACGCCUGGAGGCUGAAUCUGGAAGACCCCCUUCACCCAGGAUGUGUACCAGGGAGCCAGGGACAGUGAACCCUACCCCAAGGCCAUUCCUUGAAACUCCUGGCUUGGAACCUCCAGCUGGGUUCCUUCAGGAAGUUCCUGACCCUGCUUCUUUCCCAAAAGAGCACCCAAAAUGGGCAGAGGCUAUGACCAGGAACAUCCAGUAAAGCAGAGGCAGGAAAGACAGGCUAGGGUCUCCUUAAUGGUGCCAGCCAUGCUAAGAGAUUCAGUAGGGACUCCAAGUCCUUAGCACACCCAGGGUAUGGCAGGAUAGCCUUUUGGUCCUCAGGCAGACUAUGACUCAAGUGGGAACAACUGGUGUUGUGUGGAUACUGAUCAGGCAAGUUGGACCCUGACCAAGCCAGACCUAGGGCCUGUGCAGGAGCAACGGGAGUGAGUGGGGCCCUCCUGGUACAAGAUUGAAGGGGUCCUGAGGGCCAUGACAUGGCCAGUCUGGAUUGAACAGGUGUAGAAGCACCUUGUCUCUACUGUGUGACUAGAUACUGAGCCUGAUACUAGGAUACCACAGAGGGCAGUGGGUUGGGCUGGACUGAAGGAGGAACAGAGGGGUCACCAGUGAAUGCAUUCCCUGUAAUGAACAUUCACAAGCAAGUUUGUGGGUCUGCAUUUAUUGAACUGGUCACAGCCUGCAGGCCAAAGGGCAGGGAACUCAUGCCUUCUCUUCCCUGGGGAUGAGCACACAGCUCAGUGUUUUGUAGUCAAGGUUGCCAGCCACAUCGAUGAAGGCAAACUCCAGCAGAUGGGUGGGGAAAUCACGUCAGUAGUGGUGGGAGGGGGAGUAACAAGGUCCUUAGGCCCAGCAACCCAGGCAUAGUGAAUUACAGAGCACUGAACUCUA